AGCCAUGGCGGCGUCGCGCCGCCGUUGCCUUGGUAGCCAUGGCGGCGGCCGCGCUGACGUCAGGAAGCAGCAUGGCGGCCGGCGGGCUGCUGUGGCUGGCGGCGGCGCUGGGGCCGGUGUCGGCCGCGCUGCGGUAUCGGCCGGACUGGGCCAGCCUGGACGCGAGGCCGCUGCCGGCCUGGUUCGACCAGGCCAAGGUGGGGGUGUUUGUGCACUGGGGGGUGUUCUCCGUCCCGGCUUGGGGCUCCGAGUGGUUCUGGUGGCACUGGCAGGGCGAGCACUGCGCCGACUACGAGCACUUCGUGCAGCACCGGUACCCGCCCGACACCACUUACGCGGACUUUGCGCCCCGCUUCACCGCCCACGACUUCCAGCCCCGCGAGUGGGCACAGCUCUUCCAGCGGGCUGGUGCCAGGUACGUGGUACUGACUACGAAGCAUCAUGAAGGCUUCACCAACUGGGGGUCAUCUGUGUCCUGGAACUGGAAUUCUGUGGAUACAGGGCCCCACCGAGAUCUUGUAGGAGAGCUAGGACAAGCCCUGAGGGAGAGCAACAUACGCUAUGGGCUGUAUCACUCUCUGUUAGAGUGGUUUAAUCCACUCUAUCUAGCUGACAAAGAAAGUGGCUUCAAGACCCAGAACUUCGUUUUAAAGAAGACUAUGCCAGAACUUUAUGAUCUUGUCUUAAAAUAUAAACCAGAUUUGAUUUGGUCGGAUGGAGACUGGGAAGCUCCGGAGUCAUACUGGAAUUCUACCUCUUUCCUUGCCUGGCUUUAUAACGAUAGUCCCGUCAAGGACACUGUUGUUGUCAAUGAUCGUUGGUGUAAUAACUGCUCCUGCCAUCACGGAGGCUACUACAAUUGUGCUGACAAAUACAAGCCAGGGACCCUGCUGACUCACAAGUGGGAGAUGUGUUCCUCCAUUGACAAGCUUUCCUGGGGCUAUCGAAGCAACAUGAACAUUGCUGAGUUAAUGGAUGAAGCAAGUAUCAUUGAGGAGCUAGUGCAGACUGUGAGUUUUGGAGGCAACUACCUUCUCAAUGUGGGACCUACAAAAGAAGGGGUGAUUGUUCCUAUCUUUCAAGAAAGACUUCUGGCUGUUGGGAGAUGGCUGAACACUAAUGGGGAGGCAAUUUAUGAAUCGAAGCCGUGGAGAGUACAAAUGGAGAACAGCACAGACACGGUCUGGUACACUUCUAAGGGACCAGUUGUCUAUGCCAUCUUCCUGGUCUGGCCUCGGGACAAUGUUUUGGAGCUGUCCUCGCCCACUCCAUCCCCAGCCACACAAGUGACGAUGUUGGGUUUUGCAGGGACUCUGAAGUGGCAGAAGUCCCCAGGAAAAGGACUGCUCAUAACUUUGCCCUACAUGCUCCCAUCUCCUCUACCUCCUCAGUCUGGCUGGACUGUCAAGCUUGAGGGUGUGAAGUGAUGGCUGCGGGAUGAAAGCAGCAAUCUGCCUUUCUUUUAAAUUGAAUCUAAGAGGAUUUUUCUUUUAUUGUUGGAUAAAUUGUUUUUCUCUUAAGAGAAUCUCUCUUCUAAUCCCUUUCUUCUGUAAGCAAUCUAUCAAUGGACCUUGGUUGGCAGCAAAGGACUGACCUCUCUGCUCAACAGUGGGAAGUGAGGACAUCCUUUGCAGUAUUCUGCUGGGAUGUGACAGCCUGUGAGCCAAAGAUCUACAUUUGGAACAGGAAGGUUUUUUUGAUGUAGAGCUGGACUUCUUGGCAGACAUUACUGCUUCAGUGAUGUGAUUAUAGGUGAUGACACUGGACAGACUCAGAGUUGGUGGCAGACUGAACAGAGUUAGUGUGGGGUGGUUAAGAGGACUUGCUUUGGGGUGCCAGGACAGGCCACGUUGCACCUAGGUAUUAGUGUGUGAAGCUACCAAGAGGAUGCUUGUCUGCCAGGGAGGAGAUGCACAGGUUAAUGGUGAGAGGAUUUGGACUGUUGGAGCAGCCCACAGGACGUGGAGCAGCGGGAGCUGUGUCCGUGUUCAUGUGGGUGUAGCCAGUGCUGGUGAGCCAGGCUGCGCACCGCAGCAGGGUCCGCACCUCCCAGGCAGGAGCAGGCCCUGCCACUUCCCUGCCUUAAUUACUCAUUGAAAUUAAUUUUGAUAACCAAUGCAGUACUCACAUAUAGAAUCAUGAAUGCAUGUGGUGGGCAUGUUCUGACAAAGACCAACCACAGUGCUAUCACAGAUUCCUGCGUAUGAUGUAUGAUAAAAGUAGGUAUUCAAUAAGAUGCAUUGUAUUACUUUGAUAUUGAUUGAAGCAAUUAUGAUCGCAUACUUUCAUCAAGAAUAAAUGGAAGCUUGUUGUUUGAAAAGGUCUAGAAGAAA